AUGGUCAGAAGAAACAGGACAACUGUUGAUGAGUUCAUUCUCUUGGGAAUCACAGAUAUUCCAGAGCUGCAGGUCAUUCUUUUUGUGCUGUUCCUUCUGAUCUACAUCACCACCUUGGUGGGGAAUCUGGGCAUGAUUGUGUUAAUCAGGCUCGACUCUCGACUCCACACCCCCAUGUACUUCUUCCUCUGCCAUCUCUCUCUGCUAGACUUAGGCAAUUCCUCAGCAGUUGCUCCCAAAAUGCUGGUGAGCUUCUUUGCAGAAAAGAAAGCCAUUUCUGUGCUAGGGUGUGCAGCUCAGAUGUACUUCUGUGCAGUGUGCGUAGUCGCUGAGUGCUACCUGCUGACCGCAAUGGCCUAUGACCGGUACGUGGCCAUCUAUAGCCCUCUGCUCUACAGGGUCACCAUGUCUCAAAAGGUCUGCGUUCAACUGGCUGUGGGAUCCUACGUGAUAGCCCAUGUGAAUGUAAUAGCGCACGUCAGCUCAGUGUUCAGCUUGCGCUUCUGCGGCCCCAAUGUCAUCAAUCAUUUCUUCUGUGACAUUCCUCCGCUACUGAAGCUUUCCUGCUCCAGUACCACUCUCAACGAACAUGUGCUUUUUGAAAACCAAAGCAUAGUGACACAAUUCAUCUUUCAAGGCCUUUCCAGCCAGCCAAGGACACAGACUGUUCUUUUCAUAGUGUUCCUGGUUUUUUAUCUGUUCACAGUGGUUGGGAACACCAUGAUCAUUACAGUGAUCAGAGCCAAUCACCAGCUGCAGUCACCCAUGUACUUUUUCCUUGCCAACCUAUCUUUCUUAGACAUCUGCUAUGUCUCCACCAACAUCCCGCAGAUGCUGGUGAACCUCUUGACCAAGAGGAGGACCAUUUCUUUCCCUGGCUGUGCUGCUCAGAUGUAUUUCUCCCUGGCUUUUGGCAUGACAGAGUGUAUCUUGCUUGCAGUCAUGGCCUAUGACCGGUACAUGGCAAUAUGUCAGCCCUUGCACUACACCAUCGUCAUGAGCAGGAAGCUUUGCUCUCACAUGGUUGCGGCUUCCUGGACCAGCAGCCUGCUGAGCUCCAUGGUCAUCAACAGCCUCACCCUGAGGCUGCCCUUCUGCGGGCCUGACACCUUGAACCAUUACUUCUGCGAAGUGCCAGCCGUGCUGGCCUUGGCCUGUGCCGACAUCGCCCUCAUGGAGAUGGUGGUCUUCACCUUCAGCAUCCUCAUCGUCUUCAUCCCCUUUCUCCUGAUCAUCAUCUCCUAUGGCCGAAUUCUUUUGACCAUUUUGCAGAUUCAGCCUGCCCAUGGGCAAUCCAAAGCCUUCUCCACCUGUGGAUCCCACCUGAUGGUGGUAACCAUAUUCUACGGGACAGCCAUCUGCAUGUACAUGAAUCCUAAGUCAAGGUCCCCACGGGACGGGGACAAAGUAGUGGCAGUGUUUUACACUAUUGUGGCCCCCAUGCUGAACCCCCUGAUCUACAGCCUCAGGAACAAGGACAUGAAGUGUGCUUUGAGAAGGGCAAUCAGUAGACACAAAUCCCUGUUUAUCUGA